AGACUGAUGCUGUAAACAAACACACUGAGGUUUCGACACUCGGCCGAUAUUAAUGAAAUCUAAAGAAUGGAAAUAAGGGUUCGGAUUAUCACACACAACCAUGUUUUAUUGUGUGUAUUUGUGGUGUUUAUUAUCGCUGGGUUGUUUCCGGCCGCAGCGAUUGAUGUUUACACUCCAGCCGAGAUCUUUGUUGAGAACGGGACGUCAGCGACUCUGACGUGUAGUUUUAAAUCUAAAGAGGUGGUCAGCAGCUCAGCUUCAGUGACGUGGUCAUUCCUUCCGGAGGGCGACACAGGAACCUCCACCUCAAUCUUCUAUUUCACAGGCGGGAAACCUUUCACAGGCUCUCUCCCGCAGUUUAAAUCUCGUGUGGAGUGGGUUGGCGACAUGAACAAGAAGGACGCUUCCAUCCGUGUAAUGCAUAUGCAGUUUAAAGACAACGGGACGUUCAGCUGCGACGUGAAGAAUCCGCCAGACAUCACCGGCCAACCGUCUGUCACUAAAGUCAGAGUUGUCAUAAAAGAGUCUCUCCCUCACACCAGUACAGCGGUCAUCGUGGGCGGCGUGAUCGGCGCUGUGAUCGGGAUAAUCAUCAUAUCUGUCGUCACAUAUCUGAUUAUCAGACGGCACGAGCCCAGCCACGAGUACGAAGGCUGCACCUCUGUAGAGAGUGGCAGCUCAUUGAACUCUCGGGUGGGGAAGAAGGAGUCCAGCACAGAGAACUCAUGCUGCUCUAGUCCCUCUACCGCACCUGUACAGGGGCCGGUGAUAUAUGCUCAACUGGAUCAUUCCGGCAGCAAGAACUCCAGCUCUUUCCACAAGAUGGAGCCGGUGGUGUACGCUGACAUCCGUAAGAAUUAGAGCUGCAGGGGGCGGGGUUAUGUUAAUGAGCUUUGCAUGUGCAUCAUUAUGACAUCCAUUCAGAUCACAAAAGACUUUCAGAAAUGAUGAUUUAUGGUAGAGAAUAUGUAAGAAACACGUAUAGUUUGUGGGUGGGUUAGUACUGGACUGAAUGAUUUAUGAAGUGUUUUACUGCACAGCACGAGUAACUCUUGCUUCCUGUGAUGUAUUUCCAUUGUUUGUAUGUGUUUUAUUGUAAAUGCCGUAUGUGAGUUGCUAGCUAGCGUUUAACACAUAGUACUGACACUGAUGAUGAUGCAGAUGAUGAUGUCAUACACAUAGUGACAGUGAUGUAAUGACUGACACAAGAGUGAAUCUCAUGAAAACACAUCACAUUUCACUCUGAAAUCAAAAGAAAAGAACAGUUUUUAUUUAUUUUUUUAUUUCAUCUCUAAAUUCUCAUUACAGUUAUAAAAUGAUUUAAAUCAGCAUAAAUUAAAGGUAUAUUAAAGGUAAAACAACAAAUACUACCUUGUUGUGUAAAUGCCCACAUAUAAAUAACAUAUUUGUUUUAUUCACAUUUUAGUAGUGGAAGUUACAGUUUUAUUUUUAAAUAAUACUAAUGAGAUUUUAGGGAGAAAAUGUGCUUCAUUUUCAUUAAUUGUGUAAUAUUAAUGGUCCCAAAAACAAUAGGUGUAAUUUUCAUUGUGCAAAAUAUAAUUUCUUCUUUCACAUUCCCCCCCAAAUUCUCUAUAAUGUAAUUAUUUUUAUUUUAUUUAAAUUAGCAUACAUUAAAAGUAAAACAACAAAUACUACCUUGAUGUAUAAAUGCCUUCAUAUAAAUAUAUAUAUAUAUUUUUUGCAUUUUAGUAAUGAAAAUUACUAUUUUAUUUUUUUGCAUAAUAUAUGCUUCAUUGGUAUAAAAGACUUCAUUUUCUUUGUGCAAAAUGCAAUUUCUUCUUGUGAUUUUAGGGUGAAAUAGGUGCACAUGUUCUUGACAGAUUUUCACAAGAUUCACUCUUGCAAACAGCAGCUUUAUGAACCGCUGUGGCAUUUAAUGGCCUUUAAUGUUGGUAAUUGUACAGAUGAUGAUGCUGCGUGUGUGAGUUUGCAUGAAACUGAUGUAGUAACCACAACUGAACAUGAUCCGGUGUGAUGUGUGAUAGUCACGAGUCAUUUACCUCACUGUUUGGUAAAUCAACACUCCACAAUCUGCCAAACACUCCAUAUAUACAAAAUCACAAACUCUAGAGAGGGUUUAAGGUGACUGGAUUUGCUGUCAGCUCCACAGUGAUGUUAGUAAUAGUGUGCAUGUCUUAAUGGUUAGUUAGCUUAUGAUCAUGACAACACUAAUGUUUUUGCCAUAGUUCAUUUAGAAACGGCCUUUAAAUAUUCAUUGUUAGUUUAUUACAGUAGGUGAUGUACGGUUUAUUCGGGGUACUGUAUGAACUACAUUUGAUGUGUCACUGCCACUUUUGUUUUAAAAUGUCUUAAACAAAUUGUUUUUAUUCUGUCAUUCCAGUUUUUUUUUUUUUUUUGUACAUUUAUGUGUGAUAACUUAAACGUGCCGCUGUUUUCUUUAUGUUAAACACGCUGACUCUUCUGAACACAAUUGACAUGUUUUGAGCGUUACCAAAUCAGUGAUGAAUGAUCAUUCCUG